AUCACAGAUAACCUUCACAACUGCGCCUCUUGCGAUCCUUGUCCAGCUCAGCCUUCAAUGGGUUUUAAAUAAAAGAUAGGAUAUCUCAUAGAGAAUUAGACUACGGCAUUUGACUUUAACACAUUGAAUGAUAGCUUGCCUUGUCAUAACACCUACCGUUUGUUGAUUGCCAGAGAUAACCCACGAUGGAUCCAAUUUCCGCCAUGGGCUGCGCGGCCAGUGUGAUUCAAUUCGUCGACUUUGGAAGGAAACUGGUCUCCGGAAGCCUUGAGAUCUAUCGCUCCGCUGAUGGGAUGUCAGCAGAGCAUGUUUCAAUAGGAGAUAUAUCGAAAGGCCUUUCCGAGCUCAUUAUCCCACUCCGCGCAAGAUCAGACACUCGCCUUGACAAUGUGAGAAAUGCCAACAAGAACCGCUCCAAAGAGAAGCUCAGCGUGGCGGAGAAAGAACUUAACCGGAUUUGCAAAGAUUGUGACGAUAUGGCCCAACAACUCUUACAAGAGUUGGACAAGAUGAGACUUCAUGGCGGGCAGAGGAAGUGGGGGAGUUUCAGACAAGCACUCGGCAACAUGUGGAAUCAGAGUCAGAUUACUGCGCUUGAAAAAAAACUAGAACGCAUCCGCAAGCAAGUCGACACAACCCUGUUAGUCUGUCUACGCGAGCGUGUAGAUGCGUUAUCGGACAAUGGAGCCUCGCGCCUUAAUGACGAUAUUAUGCAGGUCUUAAAAGAAAAUAGGCAGUGGGAGGCAGACUUAUUAGAUGAGAUCUCUAAGAAUAAUUGGCACGCUGAAAACCCAAAGGAUAUGUCGACGUUCUCAGCACACUUGGAUAGAUCCGUCAACCAGGAGAGUAAGGCACAGUUCUGUCGCAAAGCUAUAGCUUUUCUCAGAUUUCCGAGUAUGAGCGAUCGCCAUGAGAGGAUAUGCAAAAACCACCGAGCGACAUUUGAUUGGAUCUUUAAGGAUCCGAGCAUAAUAGAUAAACCAUGGGAUGAUUUUGUUAAGUGGCUAUCGAGUGACAAUAGCGAUGCCAUAUACUGGAUAACCGGAAAGGCUGGAUCCGGAAAAUCAACAUUAAUGAGAUUUAUUAGUGAAGAUCCACGUACUACGAAGCAUCUGAAGCUAUGGGCAAAAGGGGAUCCCUUGGUAAUUGGAAGCUUCUUCUUCUGGAACUCUGGCACAGCAAUGCAGAUGUCGCGGAUCGGGCUAAUGCAAUCACUCCUAUAUCAAAUGCUACGGGGUCGCCCAGAACAUAUACUGAAGAUUUUUCAGACACGGUGGGAAGCUUAUGAUUCACUGAGGGGAGGUUCCUAUCCGUGGACAUGGACCGAGCUAAAGCAGGCAUUUCAACUUGUGCUCUUAGACAAGAGCUUGCGCUUUUUCUUCCUCAUCGAUGGCCUGGACGAAUUUGAUGGCCAACAUCGCGAACUCGUAGACCUCAUUAUCAGCGCUAACAAGCUCUCAAAUGUUAAGAUAUGCGUAUCUAGUCGUCCUUGGCUUGUCUUUGAGGAUGCCUUUGAAGGCCAUCCCAGCCUCUUGUUAGAGCAGCUAUCGUAUUCGGAUAUCAAAAUAUACGUUUGUGACAAGUUCGAUGAGAAUAAGCGGUACGUUCAAUUGAAAAGCCGAGAGGGUAGAUACGCAGCGGAUCUAGUUGAGAGUGUUGUCCAGAAGGCUUCUGGAGUGUUUCUUUGGGUUUAUCUCGUGGUAGACUCACUGCUGGAAGGACUGGAUAACGCCGACAGAGUUAGCGACUUGCAGAGGCGCCUGGAACUUAUCCCAUCGGAUUUGGAAGAGCUGUUCGAUAAGAUGCUAAACAGUCUCGAACCAUUUUAUUUCAGUCACGCAUGUCAGCUCAUUCAGAUUGUCAGAGCUUCCCAGAAACCUUUAACCCUCUUAGCCUUAUCUUUUGCAGAUGAAGAUGGGCCUCUAUCGGCUAUACAUGCUAAAAUGGAACCUCUUAGUGAGGAGCAACGACUAGAGCGAGUUGAAAUGAUGAGGCGCCGGUUGAAGAGCCGGUGUAAGGGACUCAUUGAAGCACCAGUUCGUCAGUCCAGAGCAGAUUCAUACGUUGAGUAUAUUCAUAGGACAGCAAAAGACUUUCUUGAAACUCCCGAUAUCCGGGCCAAGAUUCUACGGGGGACUGACAACCCCUUCGACCCUAAUCGAUCGUUAUGCAACUCAUAUCUAUUCCAACUUAAAACACUGUCGCUUACAGACAUAAACAGCAUAUACUGUUGGUACCAUCUUCCUUGGUGCUUAGAAUAUGCAAUUCAAGCUGAGCUUUCUGGCGGAAAGGCGUUAAUAACAUAUAUUGACGAAGUAAGUCGAACAUGCGAAGCGAUUACUCUGCUAUAUACUGGACAUGGUAACAAGCCCUGGGAGCCUUGGAGCAGCCAUCUCUACGGGUCAAUUCAGAACUUCAUAGAUCUCGCCGUCCGCUGCGGUCUUUACUCAUAUAUGACUACCAAAGUUGAUCGGCUGUCUCGAAAAGAACUGGCUUCUCUUCUCAAGACUUCCGCGGAAGCUAAUGGUGUACUUUCCGAAUUCGAUAAGACCCAAGCCCUUUCUGAGAGACCCUUUCCAGACUUAGAGAUGAUCAGGUUACUUCUAGACUCUGGUGCUAGUCCAAGGCUCGCAGUUAACUGCGGUUUGAGGAUGGAUCAACUCGAAGGGUCUUUAAGAGAUUUUAUAAAAUCAUCGGCUAGUUCCCGGGUGGCGAGAACUAAGAGAUGGUCUCGAAAAGUCGACGUUUUGUUUAAGGCGAAGAGAAAACCCCAGCUUGCAAGUUAGAAGUUUGGAUAGAUACUACGGUGGUUGUGAGAAGAUCGGUUGCCAUGGCUAAUUUUCUUAUAAUUAACAGGCUACGAGUGCUACGUUUCGGGAUGGCGUUGCUGGUUGAAAUAUAUGCAGGUUUCAUAUUAUUGAACUUUUCAAACAAUGGCAUCAUUGGAGCAGGAAUUUUGUGUUUUUCAUAUUCUUGUUUUGUAGAGGACAGAAAUAUAUCUGAGAUCUACGAAUAAUAAAGAAUAAAACCAUCGCUUGGGG